AUGACCCGAUAUCAGACAUUACAAUAUAAUCAAACAAUGCGUCGAAUUCCAAUUCGGAUUUUCGAUGAUGUUGAAUGUAUUCUACUGGACGACAUCCAUAAAGCAAUAUCCACUCGUAUUACCGCUUUAAUAAGAUCCAAUAAUGAUGCAAUAACAUGUGAAAGAGAUUCGAAAGGAAAAGAAUUAGAUCCACUAAGAUUCAAAGCAUAUCCAGAUGAAUUACUUGAUUGUUAUAUAUCUGAUACUGACAUGACGACAAAUUGUAAGACACACGAGAAACUUGAUCUCAUAAUUGACAAUCAAGGUAAAAUAUUAUCACGAUUAGAUGUUAUACUUCGUCAAGCGUACCAAUUAGCUGAAUUUACCGUACCAAGAUUCUUCAUUAUAAUGAUAGAGAAAAAGUCACGAUUGAACCCAGAUAACCUUCUACACAGUACAUAUCGUUUAUUCUUCCUUUGUGAAUGUAACAAAGAUGAAAUGCAUUUAGCUUAUCAUGAAGGCUACAUAAUCAAUCAGCCAAGAGAAUUUUUCAUCAAGUAUGGUCCUUAUGUCAAAAACAUGAUUUAUGCUUUUAAAGCAUUUGGUACUGUCGCGGGUUUUAUUCUUCCGAAUUUCGCAUUCGCUCAACAAGUACCUAUACCGAACAUACUCAAAGAUGGAAAGUUUUGGAAUGAUUUCGCCGAUAAAAUGAAUACAGUCGACAAUGUUGUGAAUAAUGUCAUGGCUAAACCAACUGAUAUAACUAUGAAUCCAGCUUGUUCUCAAACAUAUGAAGGUGCUGAUUUAAGACAAUUAGAAAAAUUCUUGAAGAAAACAGAUGAUUGUCGAACAUUGGGUAAUUUGUAUCGAACAACUACUGAUGAAGGACAUGUAAGAUGGGUGUGUAUAAAACAUUUUAACGAAACCUACAGUAAAACACGCAUGGAGGAGUUUAUAAGAUUGUUUGAAGCUAUGGGAGGUGAAUUUCACCGACAACAGGAUCAAGCAAUCUUAAAAAAAGCAGUAAAUAUAAAAAAGUUCUGUGAAUUACUGAGCAAAGGCUUCAACAUGUAUAAAUUAUCCUUUAUUUCGUACGAGAUGCGUGAAAAAGACUUUGUUACUUUGCUGGAAGCGAUCAACCGUUCAUUCAUUAAAGAGUUGGAAUUGAGCAACAUCAAAA